AUGCGCACCUCACGUACAUCCCAAGAAACAGCAAAGCUGAUCCAGGCUCUGUCGCCAAGAUCAACACGGUCGCGCAAUGCCAGCGUCCUGAAGAAAUUUGCCUACAAUGCCCCUGCUAACGCAACUCCGACCGUCGACCCGGACUCCGUGACACCAAGUCUUUCAGCCGUGCGGAGCGACGAUGAAUCCUCCCUUUCCGAAGCCAAUACUGCAGAUAUCGAAGACCUCAUCGAGCCCCCUGCUAAGCGCCAGAAGCGCGCUGCCCCCGCCGUCCAAAGCCACAAGAUUAUCAAGGAGGACCCUGAUGAGAAGCCCAAACCGAAGCCGACGCCUAAGCCUCGUCGUCUACCAGCCCGCAAGACUCGCGAUGCCGACGGCGCCGUGAAAGUAGAGCCUCCAUCCAAUUGGGAAACCAUGUAUGACACAGUCAAGAAGAUGCGAGAAGACAACCCGACCGCGCCGGUAGAUACGAUGGGAUGCGCAGAGCUGUACUGGCGGGAAUCAGCACCGAAGGACCGGCGAUUCCAAACGCUCAUUGCAUUGAUGCUCUCAUCACAGACGAAGGACACUGUGACGGCAGUCGCGAUGCAACGACUGCAUACCGAACUCGGAAGCGAAUCUGAUCCCGAUACUAAGCUCGAAGAGCCUGAGGUCCCCAUCAAAGUCGAAGAAGACGCCAAGAAGGACAGUACACUUAACAUUCGAAAUAUAUUGGCCGUCGAGCCAACGCGUCUCAAUGAAUUGAUUCGCACUGUCGGCUUCCACAACAACAAAACGAAAUACAUCAAAGCCACCGCCUUGAUCCUCCGUGAUCAGUAUGAAGGUGAUAUACCCUCUACGCCGGAAGGGCUAAUGGCGCUUCCGGGUGUAGGACCCAAAAUGGCAUAUCUUUGUCUGAGCGCGGCGUGGGAUAAACAUCUUGGUAUAGGUGUUGAUGUUCACGUUCAUCGGAUCACGAACUUGUGGGGUUGGAAUAAGACGAAGAACCCGGAGGAGACGAGAAUGGCGCUGCAAUCUUGGUUGCCGCAUGAGAAGUGGCAUGAGAUUAAUAAGUUGCUUGUUGGGCUCGGUCAGACGGUUUGUCUACCUGUGAAGAGACGUUGUGGAGACUGUUACCUCGCUGGGUCGGGGCUUUGUAAAAGUGAAGUCAAGGGGAUGGCGCCUACAAUUGCUAGAAUCAAGGGCAGCCCAGUGGAUGAGCCGAAGAUCAAGAUCGAGGCUGUUUGA